AUGGCCUCGCUCCGCAUCCUUUCAGUGAUCGCCGUGGUCGCCAUCUUUGCCCUCGCCGGCACCGCCGUCGCCAAUGACCUCCCCGACUACAUUGUUCAGGGACGGGUCUACUGCGACACGUGCCGUGCCGGGUUCGAGACAAAUGUCACCGAGUACAUCAAGGGUGCCAAGGUGAGGCUGGAGUGCAAGCGCUUCGGCACUGAGAAAGUUGAGCGCUCGAUCGACGGUGUAACCGACGAGACUGGCACUUACAAAAUCGAGCUCAAGGACAGCCAUCCGGAGGAUAUCUGCGAGAUGGUUCUUGUCCAGAGCCCCCUCGCAAACUGCAACGAGAUCCAGGAUCUCAGGGACCGCGCCGAGAUAGUCCUCAGCAGGAACGUUGGCAUCAGCGACAACAUCCGCAUGGCCAACCCACUCGGCUACCUCAAGGACAAGCCGCUGCCCGUCUGCCCUGACCUGCUCAAAACGUUCAACCCUACCACUGAUGAUGAUCACUGA